UGCUCUAUAUGUGAUUUCGUUGUUCAUACGGCUUGUGCCAAAAAUCCACCACCAAAUGUUAUUGAAUAUCCCAAAGCCCAUGAACACUCUCUUGUUAUCGCAAAGGAUCUUUCUGAUUUCAAAUGUGAUUUUUGUGGAGAGGAAAUUCAGGGUAGUUAUCGUUACAGAUGUUCUCCAUGUAGAUUGGAAUUCGAAAUCGGGUGUUCUAUGCUUGCUUUAGAGAUAGACUACCCAUAUCACCCUAAACACCCCCUUAAAUUCCUCACCAAGGAAGAACAUCAUUUCUCUGAUGGUAAAUGUCUUAUUUGUGGAGAAGAAUUAGGAUUGAAAUUUUAUCAUUGUUCAAUCUGUAAGUUUAGUGUGGAUGUUAGUUGUGUGAGGGAUCCUCCACCGCUUACAGUCUUAUUUCCUAAGGCUCAUGAACAUCAACUCAGCCUUACACCAAGGAAAAUAUCUUUUGACUGUGAUGCCUGUGGGAUGGCGGGUGAUCGGAGUCCUUAUUCAUGCCAACAAUGUUAUUUCAUGAUCCAUCAAAUCUGUAUUGACUUACCAGAGAUCAUCAACGUCAACCGUCACGAGCAUCGCCUUUCUAGACGUCUUCAUCUAAGUCCUGAGAGUUGGGUAUGCGGAUUUUGUCACAAAAACGUUGACUGGUCUUAUGGGGCAUAUUCUUGCUCGAUUUGUCCUAAUUAUGUCAUUCAUUCUAAAUGUGCAAUACGAGAUGAUGUAUGGGACAAGUUAGAACUGAAAGGGAUACCAGAAGAACCUCAAGAUAUCGAACCAUUUAAGGUAAUAGAUGAAAACUUGAUAUGUCAUUUUAGUCACAAGGAACAUUAUUUACAACUCAACGAGGAAGGUAUCAUAUCCGGUGGAAGCAUUCGUUGUGAAGCAUGUGUUUCAAGUAUACCGACUUUCGAUACUUCAAUAUUGAUGUUAAGUGUGCCACAAUUUCUGAAUCUAUCAUCCAUGAAAGUCAUCCAUGCACCUUGUACUACAAUAUAG